GGCGAGUAAGUACUUCCGGGUAUAAAGGUCGGCCUCGGCAAGAUGGCGGCUCCCUUGGAGCUCAGCUGCUGGGGUGGCGGCUGGGGUCUCCCAUCGGUACACAGCGAGUCUCUGGUGGUGAUGGCUUAUGCCAAAUUCUCUGGUGCACCCUUGAAAGUCAAUGUCAUAGAUAACACCUGGAGAGGUUCAAGAGGCGAUGUGCCAAUUUUGACUACUGACAACAACAUUGUUUCUCAGCCUGCAAAAAUACUAAACUUUUUAAGAAAACAGAAAUACAAUGCUGAUUAUGAACUUUCAGCAAAACAAGGGGCAGAUACACUGGCUUACAUUGCUCUCCUUGAAGAGAAACUUCUCCCUGCUGUGCUCCACACAUUCUGGGUAGAGAGUGACAAUUACUUUACAGUGACAAAGCCGUGGUUUGCUUCACGAAUUCCUUUUCCCUUGAAUUUGAUCCUGCCUGGAAGGAUGUCUAGGGGAGCACUGAAUAGGAUUCUCCUGACCAGAGGGGAGCCUCCCCUCUAUCAUGUCCAAGAAGUAGAAGCACAGAUAUACAGAGAUGCCAAGGAGUGCCUAAACCUUCUAUCAAACAGAUUGGGAACAUCUCAGUUUUUUUUUGGAGAUACGCCUUCUACCUUGGAUGCCUAUGUGUUUGGUUUUCUUGCACCUCUUUAUAAAGUACGAUUUCCUAAAGUUCAGUUACAAGAACAUCUGAAACAGCUUUCCAACCUCUGUCGCUUUUGUGAUGACAUCCUAAAUAGUUACUUUAGGCUUAGUCUUGGAGGAAUCUCUCCAGCUGGACAAGAAACAAUAGAUGCAAAUCUACAGAAACUCACACAACUUGUAAAUAAGGAAUCCAACUUGAUUGAAAAGAUGGAUGACAAUCUUCGCCAAAGCCCUCAGCUUCCUCCUCGGAAACUGCCAACACUCAAAUUGACUCCAGCAGAAGAAAAUAAUUCCUUGCAACGGCUAUCACCCUAACACUCCUCAUGCUUUGUGGUCCUAGUUGUAUGAAUUGUUAUAAUCUCUUACACCAAGUGUAUGAAGGCAAAAAGAAAAUACUAGUAAUAGGUAUAAGGCAGACUCGAAAACAAAAGCUUUCUGUGGCUUUUUUUUUUAUUAAUAAGCUUGUAUUUUAGCUUGGCAAUGCAUUUUAAAUAAAAGUGCAUGCUAAAGUGAAUAUGGUGGGUGGGAGGGAAUACACACUGUACUGUAUGUUUAAAAAAACAACAACCACAACAGCAACCUGCCUUAAUCUUGGAAGAUUUUGGCCUUUAGUUCAUGUGUUGCUGACCAAAAGCUACAAUUCUGUUCUGAAUGUACAUUCAUAAUUUAUUUCAGUUAAUUUAUUUAGUUCAUUAACUUAGUUUUCUUAGAUCUAUCUGAAUACAUAGUAUGUGGCUUUAUGCCUGAGUCUUUUUUCUUCUGUUUAGAAAUCUGAUGCCUAUUUUAGAAACUAGGAAAAAUAUUAAUUACUUCAGUAGAAAAGUCUGUAUUUAAAAAGCAAUGAGAAAUGUGUUUUCUAAUUACGUUCUCAUAAGUCUAAUCCUUUAGGAGCUUAGUAUCAUAUAUAAACAUUAAAAGUGAUUAUAUUUAAUGUUUACCCAGUGACAUGCACUUCAGUACACUGGAAUUUGCUGAUGUGUCCAAUGAAGGCCAGCAAGGGCUGUUUCCAUUUGCUCGGCAAACAUGGCAGCUUCAGACCUAAGGAUUUGUAGUGCAUCUUUCAUCAUCUCAUUGUGUUGAUUCCAAGAGAACUGAAUGUGUCGGUCCUCUUUACUAUGUGAGGUCAUUAAACCUUCAUCAAACUUGUCCCGUGUUAGACACUGCUCAGGAGGAGCCUGCAGCCAGGGUGAUAGAAAUAUUACUGUGCAUCUGGUCCAAGUUCUCAAUGCUUGACUCAGGCCAUAUUUUUUUAUAAGAAACAUAUUAUAUUGUCACAAGGCUUCUGACAACCAAUUGUUUUCCAUAUAUUUUAACUACAGUUGAAAGAUCCAAAGGAACAAUCAGAAAUACUUCAGACCAUUUUCUAUUCAUUAGUUGCUGAACUGUUUUGAGGAUUUGCUGUGUGGGAAUUUUACUUACACUGUAAUAAAAAUUUUCUUAUUUUAGUGGCUGAGGUGCUUCUGUUGUCCCAAGGCUACUUCUGGAGUUUUUAAAAUGUAGGACCAUGUUUUUGAUUAGUGUCUUAAAAGAUUACCAUGGUGCUCAGGAAAUCUUACCAAGUUCUGUGGAAACCAGAAUGUUAAGAGAACAGGCUUUGUUGUCGAGAGACUCAGCUAGUUGGAGUUGAGUGAAGUUCAGCUGUGUUUGAUCCAUAUCUUUCUACUUUGUUCUGUGUUUAGGUAACUAUGUAUACAGGAGUAUUGAAGCAAUUCUGAAUAUUUUCUCUUGAAAGUUUUAACUAAAUGAGAAACAAGAUUGUAUUUUCAGUCUUGUUCACCUGUUUGGAUGCCUUUGGGGAAAGUAGCUAAAGAGUUCACAUUAUUUCUACAACAGGGUGUGUGUGUGUGUGUGUGUGUGUGUGUGUGUGCGCAUGUGUGUGUGUGUGAUUCAUCUUCAGAAGCAAGAUAUUAGAUUCUAGCAAUUGAAAUAGGUAUGAAUAUUUUAUACUGAAAGCCAUGACCAUGAGACUUUACUGUUUUCUAGGAUUGAUGUAUGUUGGAGAAGGGUGGUUAGCACAUCAACCAGACAUCUGUUUACGCUUUAGUCAAGGUUAGUCAUUUUCAAUCAUGAUUAUAUUAAACCUUCCAAAAAGCAUUUGAAGUGGCUUACAACUAUAAAACACAUGUCCAACAGGACAAUUGUGAUUAAUCUAUGAAAAGAUAAAUUUGUAGGAGAAAAAACUAUAUCAGCACUAACACAUUAUAAAUUGAAUAGUGAAUUUAACUUCAAGUUUUUCCAUAGGUGAAGUCAAAAAAUAAUUGUGGGUUAAAUAAUUUCUCUGUCAACAAAGCUACUUGUGUUCAUGAGGAACAGAAAUGUAUUUAAAUAUUUGUAAGAAUGUGGGAGUUCGUGUUCUCAUAUUAUACAGACCUUAGUGAAAAUUGUACUGUAAUUAUUCAUGUAUUGAAUUUUUAAUCAAAAAGGUCAUUUUAAUAUAAUAAGUAUUUGUCCUUUGCAGUAGUAGUAUUUGUUUACUUUUUGGUCAUUCCUUGUCUGAACUGUCUUUGACCUUGUAUAGCCCAUGAUAUUUCCAAACUACUACCUUUCCUGGGAGGCAAAAUGUGAUUUAGUAAGUAAGAAUUAUAUGUUGAGUUGCUUAGUUGAGUUCAUUUCUUUGUAUAAGCAAAUAAAAUGAUAGAAAACUAUGUGUGACCACUAAAUACGUUAGAGACCAGCCACACUUACAGGAAGCUCCUGGAAAAAAACAAAUUUUGAGACUGGACAGAGGGCCUAUAAUUAUCCAGUCAAUUGCGCUUUGAAUAAAGGUUGAGCUUGCUGGAAAAAAUGGCCCACAGCCUUAAAAAAAAUAGCAUGAGCUGCUGUCUUUUGGAAGAGAUGAUGGAGAUCAUACAAUAAGAGGGAAUAUGCUUGCGUUUAACUUUGUUAGCGGUAUAGGAUUAGAAAAAUUGGUUAGACAAUGCCCGUAAGAUGAAAAUCCUCUAUCAACGGUCAUCCAUGAAAUGGAUUAAACAUCACUAAAGGGACUGUCUAGAGCAUUGAAGAUAGUCUUUCCUUCAAAACUUUUUUUUUAAUUUAACAAAAGGUUGGCAUUUUUAUUUGUUUGUAAUUACUGUUUAAAGAUGCCAGACACAUAAACAUGAAAGAAUAGGGAAGCUUUUUUUUUGGUACUGGGGAUCUAACUCAGGUCCUUCCACUUGCAAGGCAGGUGGCAGAACAACUGAGCUAAAUCCCCGGCCCAGGGAGGCUUAUUUUAAUUAGAGAUGAGUCAUAUUUCAAGUCUGUGAAAAUGGGGAAAACUAAUGUCAAAAGAGCCAGAAACAGGGCCGGGGAUUUAGCUCAGUGGUUCGGUGGCCUGCCUUGCAAGUGCAAGACCU